ACUUAUUAAUUAUUUACAUAUCCAUUUAUACAAAUUGUUGAUUAUAUCAUAUAUGAAUUGAAAAAUUCAUUAUUAAUGCGCAUAUUAUUGGAGUGGCAUAAUUCAUUUACAGAAAUAUUGUAAAAUAUUAUAUUAAUCACAAUGGCUGAAAUUGAAAUUAAAAAUACGGCUUUAAAGCUUGUAUUUAUCAUCCAUCUUAUUUUGGUAGCCUGGGGCUCACAAGGCUAUUGGAGUUCAGAUUCGUACAUUUUUGUAAAUUUGAUAUUUAUGGGAAUUUUAGUAUGGGGUAUGCAUUCAUUUGAUAAUCCUGAACCUAUCCAGCUUGCAGUGGCUGUUAAUGUUGUUGCUAUUGUUCUCGAUUUAAUAUUAGUAUCUAUUAGAUACCCAGCUGGCACAAAUAAAGUCAGUGACCGAUUUUCUGCAUGGAUGGCUAUUUUGAAUAUGAUUGCCAGACCAUUCACCACUAUUGUACUUUGGAAGAUCUAUGAAGAACGAAACGGAAAUAGAUCAGAUGGUGCAUAUGAAGAUCUCGAUAGAGCUGUUAUUACAACUUCUCCAACAACCACAGAUAUUACUGGAGGAUAUAAAUCUUCUACUGGAAAAGUAUGAAUAACGAAAUAAUUCUUAUAUGUUAAUUCAUCAAUACUAAUAAGUUUGAAUAAUUAAUGUAUUAAUAAUAAUUAUCAAAUCCAUUCCGUUUAUAGUAUAUUAUUAAAUAUACGUUGUGUUUUUUGUUGAAUCUCAUAAAGUCUACCUAUACCAUUUUAAGUGAAGUUUGAAUAUUUGUAGAGUGAAUGAGUUCCA